AUGAGCAGCAAAAACUCAAAAGACAAGGAUAACAGGAGACGGCGGAGGAGUAGCAGUCUGAUGUAUCAGGAACCCCCCGAGAGUUUGGAGCAGCAGAGUGAUCAGGCCGUCUUGCCCAACUUGAAUGCUCAGUGGGUCAACGCAAAGGGCGCCUGGUUGAUCCACAUCAUCAUCAUCCUCCUCCUCAAAAUCGUCUACGACAUCGUACCUUCAGUCACACAAGAGACGUCAUGGACCCUCGUCAACAUCACCUACAUGUUCGGAUCAUAUCUCAUGUUCCACUGGGUUCGGGGAAUCCCUUUCGAAUUCAACGCAGGGGCAUAUGACAAUCUCAACAUGUGGGAGCAGAUCGACAACGAGGAUCAGUACACACCGGCCAAGAAGUUUCUGCUCGCAGUGCCGAUAUGUCUGUUCCUCGUCAGCACACAUUACACGCAUUACGACUUGGCAUAUUUCAUGAUCAACUUUCUCGCAACCCUUGCGGUAGUGGUGCCGAAAUUACCUGCACUACAUCGCAUGAGACUGGCGUUUCUCAAUCCGGAGCCCGAACCAACGGAUCGAUGA